AUGUUCCCUCAUGAGAUCUUUGCCAACUGCUGGUGGGUGAUCGGCCUCAACUUGAUCUUCCUGUAUCCUCUCAAGCAGGGUGGUACCCUUGGACUGGUGGACUACCGAUGCAAAGGGAAGGGCUUGGAGAAGAUGGGGAUCUGCCGUUUUCACACGUAUAUGCGGUAUGUACUUGAUAAGAAGAAACACAAAGCAGACCCCAAGCUCUUCAUCAAGAACCUGCAGUUUGAGAAGGUGCCAGUGAGGGUUUAUGAGCCUCGAGCCCCAUCUGCUGGCCUAAGAAAAGGGAUCAUCUUCUUCCACGGAGGCGGUGGGGUAUUUGGAAGUGUUGACACUCACGAUAACGUGUGCCGAUACAUUGCCAGAGAAAGCGAAGCUGUGGUUGCAUCUGUUGAGUAUCGUUUGGCACCUGAGCAUAAGCCCCCAGCCCAGUACGAGGACUGUCUCACAGCUGCCAUACACUUCAUGAGGAACCCAGAAGACUACGGAGUGGAUCCGACACGUAUUAUCACAGCUGGGGACAGUGCUGGAGCCUACCUUGCUGCUACCGUUACUCAAACACUCUCAAGCAGGCCAGACCUUCCUAAACUUCGUGCUCAGGUUUUGAUGUAUCCAUUUAUCCAAGCCCUUGACUUCAAUUUACCAUCGUAUCAACAGUACUGUAGGAUCCCACUAUUGUCCCAAGAAGAAGUUAUUUUGUUUGCUUUGCAGUGGCUGAAAGGGAACACAUCAAUUUUGAAACCUGCUCUAGAGGGUGCCCAUAUUCCUCCAGAAAUAAGAUUGAAGUACAGGAAAUGGCUGAGCCCUGACAACAUCCCGAAGGAAUUUAAGGUUAAGGGCUACAAGCCACAUUUUCCCACUGAGUAUAGAAAAGAUAUCUAUGAGCAAAUUAAACUAACGUUUGAUCCACUUACAUCCCCACUUUUAGCUGAAGAAGCCAUUGUUUGUCAGCUCCCUGAGACUUUCCUUAUGACCUGUGAAUAUGAUGUGCUUAGGGAUGACGGGCUCUUGUACAAGAAACGACUGGAGGACUGCGGUGUCUCAGUAACUUGGCACCACGGUGAAAAUGCUUUCCAUGGAAUUAUUAACCUGUUUGAUAGUGGCAUGUUGACAUUUCCAGCUGGAAAAAGGGCACUGGACAACAUUGUAAGCUUCCUGAGAGGCUUAUAA